AUGAACUUGGUGGGGGACAAAUGCUUCCUGGACUUGGAGCCAGAAGACCUGGAUGCUCGCCCUGCCCUUCUGCGUCCAGCUCGGUCACCUGAUCUCACCAACGCGGGUCCUGCGCCUUUAGCGCUGACGGAGCAGGUCCCAGAAGCAAGUGGAAUGCCCUCAACCAAGACGGUGCAGCAGUUCCCCGCGCUGGCCUUUUACCCUUAUGGCGCACUGAGAACACCGUGCGACCUCACCCGACAGGGAGCAGGACCCCCACGUGCCGCGCGCUCUCACCGGGACAUGUAUAAGAUUUGUAGCCCUCAUACUUCACCGACCAGUUACGUCCCCCCGGUCCGCAUGCCCUCACCCCGUAUGGAGCACGUACCCUGUGGGCCUGGCACCCUGACCCAGACACCGGAAUUCCCGUGGGCCCCUCCCCGUCACUCCUACCUGAGCAGGUCCUCACUGUCUGACCCGGACACCAGGGAAGUCUGGAGCCCUAAAGCUGCAUGGAGCAAGUGCCCCGACGUGGCGUGCGCCCUCACCCUGCACGGAGCAAGCCCCCCUGCUGGUCCCGCACCCACACCCAGCACGGAGGAGGUCACCACCGCGGGAACAGAUCGCCACCUCCCCACCCCCGCGGCCCGCGUGCCCUCACCCCUCAAGAGCAUGUCGCCCCCAGAGGACCGCGGGACCUCACCGGGACACCGACGAGAGCCCUCCCUCUCCAUGGAGCAGGUGCCCACAGCUGGCCGCGUGCCGUUACCCAGCAGGAGGCGAUCACCAUCUCCUCAGCCCCGCGGCCAGCGCGCUCUCAAUCCCCAAGAGCAUAUCCCCCCGUUGGACCGCACCCCCUCACCCCACAGGGAGCUGGACCCCCACAAGCCACGCAACCUCCACCCGGAUGGAGUAUGUCCCCCUACGGCGGAAUCAUAA